GUUAUCAUGGCCAAGCUGUGCCCAAAGGAAAUGCUUGGAACCGAAUCAUUGUGCAUCUGGACUUGGACUGUUUUUAUGCCCAGGUAGAAAUGAUCUGCAAUCCUGAAUUAAGAAGCAAACCUUUAGAAAGGCUCGGAUUUGAUGAAAAUUUUGUGGAUAUCACUGAAUUGGUUGAAAAGAGACUGAAAGAGUGGAAAAAAGCAACGCUUCCUAACAUCUCUGUUUCUGGUCAUGUAUAUAAUAAUCAGACUGUUGAUUUCCAUGAGCCAAUGCAUGGAAGGCUAGCUAUAGGAUCUCAGAUUGCAGAGGAGAUGAGAGAUGCCAUGGGCAGCAGGCUGGGGCUCACGGGCUGCGCCGGAGUGGCCACCAAUAAAGUCCUUGCCAAGCUGGUCUCUGGGACCUUUAAACCAAAUCAGCAGACAGUUCUUCUGCCUGAGAACCGGCAAAACCUGAUGGCCAGCCUCAAUCACAUAAGGAAAAUACCAGUCUCUCAGUGAUGAGGACUCCUUUAAAAAGUGCUCUUCUGAAGCAGACGUUAAGAAGAAAAUUGAAGAAUUGCUCACUAAUCUUCUAGAAAGGUUGUACAAAGAUGGCAGAAAGCCCUAUACCAUCAGAUUAACCAUCCGUCAGUAUUCUGCUACCAAUAAAUGGUUUAAUCGAGAGAGCCGCCAAUGUCCAGUUCCAUCUCACUUGAUCAAGAGGAUCGGUUCAGGAGACGCCAGUGUAAAGGCUCAACUCGUUUCCAUUCUUAUGAAACUGUUUCGAAAGAUGAUCAAUGUUGAGGCUCCAUUUCACCUGACCUUGCUGAACAUCUGCUUUUCCAAUCUUAAGGACCCACCAGCUUCUUCCAAGGAGUCUAUUCAAUUUUAUCUGAGUCAAUCGUCACCUUCUUUAAGCUCCAACAAACUUUUUCACACAACAGAAGACAGAAACUCAGAAAACACGAGGAUGGAACAUCCAGGGGAAGAGAGUGAUGUUUUAUCAGGAGAGAGAAACACAAGAUGUGUCCAAUCUCAACUCCACACUCCUUGUCUGCCAACAGCAAGUGAUCUUCAGUGUCCAAGUCCACUUCUUCCUGCUGGAAUAGAUUACGAUGUGUUCAACCAGCUUCCAAGUGACAUUAAGGAGGAAAUAAUCUCUAGCCAAAAGAAGGUUAGGGAUUCCACAGGGAUUUUGUGGAGCCAGGGAGGAUCUGAACUAGAGGAAAAACCACCAUGCCAUUCAGAAGCCAAAAUAAGCUCCAUUUCCUUACAUUCCGGAGACCUUGGUCAAAGGACUAGAACUUUGGAAUGUUAUGACAUUGCACCCACCAAUGAAGAGCCACCACCAGAAGGGCACAACCCCUGUGGAGAAGGCUCUUCCCAAAACCAUUCAAGCCAAGGAUCGAAAGUGGCCCUUCCUCCUUCUGUAGACCCCAAAACCUUUUCGGAGCUGCCCGCAGAGAUGCAGAAAGAACUGCUGGCCGAAUGGAAGAGUCAAAAGGGUGUUUCCAAAAUGCACGGCAGCAACGUUGCGACGCUUAAAGGAACCAAGAAAGGACAGGCAUCAUCUCCAGGGUCCAAUAGUUUACUACGCUAUUUCAAACCAAGAUGACUUGUCAUUUGUUGGAGAGACUAUGCUUGUAUCUUGUAUCUGGAGAUAGAGCUUUCCUUCAGCCAAAGGUAGCUAAGGUGAUACGGUUUAAGAAAAUGGGGGGCAAUUUCUUUUUAAUGCAUCCAUAUAACUUCCUCUCCAGAGAUCAAAUUUUCAAAGAAUAGCUGUCCGGGAUGUCUUAAAAUCAAUUUGGCUGGAAAAUUUGACAAACUGUCCCUCCAGAUAUAUUGUAACUGUAUCAGGGUGGGAAAGCAAAGUUCACAUGUGCACAUGUUUGCAAACGAAACAGACCUCCAGUACAAUGUUGACACUUCGGUUCCUGGCGCAUGAAAAUGGGUUUCCCACCUAAAAUAAAUGUCCCUUAAAAUUUGAAGAAUAUGUAGAGAGGCAAGGGAAAGGACGUUGAAAUACAAAGCAGCCGCAGUAAUUUUUCUCCAUUUCCUUACUCAUAGAUGCUAGAGGCUAAGGCACCAUCCUGGUCUACUUUGAUCUGUGUAGACUUCUAAUCUAAUUGCUAGCAUUCUUAGCGAUGGCCCUACUGGAUUGAGAAUCCUGGGAGUUGAAGUCCAGACACCUUAAAAGUUGCUCAGGUUGAGAAACACUGCUAGAGGGUUACAUAUUCUUGCCAAUGGAAGAACAAUAACACAUAGACUU